UUGAGAAGGUGUGGUUUUGAAAGGUGGAACUUGAAAAGCAAGCAAAGCAGAAAUCAAUGAACAGAAGCAGCUCAUGUUUAUUUCAUCAAUCCCCGAAAACCACAGCUAAAUCUGAAUCUUGAAGAGAGAGAGAGAGAGAGAGAGAGAGAGUAAUGGCGUACGUAGAUCACGCGUUCUCGAUUUCGGACGAGGACAUAAUGAUGGAGACAUCGUACACGGUGAGCAACAAGCCCCCCAUUAAGGAGAUUGGACUUGCCGUUUCUCUUCUCGUCUUCGGAACCCUAGGCAUCAUCAUCGGAUCCCUCAUGGCCUAUAACCAUGUCGGCGGCGACAUAGCUCACGGUCUCUUCUUUGCUGUACUGGGAACAAUCUUGUUCAUACCGGGUUUCUACUAUACGCGGAUUGCAUAUUAUGCUUACAAGGGAUACCAAGGGUUCUCUUUUUCUAACAUACCUCCCGUAUAGCUAGCUGUCUCAAAUAGCAUCCUUUUGUAUAGAUAUUCCUUGUUUAUACUUUUUUUGCCCUUUGUUUUCUUUUUGUUUUGCCUGACAACUAAUGUGUAUUUAUAUUGUAUGCAGUUGCUCUGAACGAUUAAUGUUACUAGUGCUAAGAUUUUGUUUUGUUAUACGGAAUCAAUCUUCCUGC